CCAAAACAAGAGUUGGAAAACACAAGUAUAUUAAAGAACAGAUAAAUGUCGAUUUUCCCUAUCAAACUGACGAAAAAUGGUACGCAUUAUUCAAUGCCAUUAUGCAUUACCGCCACGUUAUAUGACCAAAUUCGGUGGCCACUAGAUCGUUUCCUAGUCAUUGUCGAAUCCGAUGAACCAAAUUAUUAGUUAAACUUCGGAAGGAAAAUUCACAAGAAUCAUUCAGACCAAUCUCCUAAAGCCAAAAAAAAAAAAAUCCAAAUCACUGAGGACAAAAUCUUUUUCCUACUUCCAUAUUUGUUUCAGCAAUCCAUUUGUCCUUUUUUUUUAUUCUUCUAGUGAAUAUAUCCAUUAUCUGACACAAAUCUUUCCCCUCAUUCCAUUAUUGAGGCUCCAAGAAGGUGAUGGAGAAAUCCGGAUAUGGCAGAGAUGGUGUAUUCCGAUCUCUACGACCACCUUUGAUCUUCCCCAAACCCAGUGAGAAACUUUCUAUGAUCUCUUUUUUGUUCAGAAACAUCUCAGCUUAUCCGGAUAAACCAGCCCUUACAGACUUCCAUACUGGUCAGACUUUGAAUUUCACCCAACUCAAAUCCAUUGUUUCCAAGGUCUCCUAUGGGCUUUUCUACCAACUGGGCAUCAGGAAAAAUGAUGUUGUUUUGAUUUUUGCUCCUAAUUCUAUCCAAUUCCCUGUAUGUUUCUUUGGGAUUAUUGGUUUAGGUGCCAUAGCCACCACCGUCAACCCUCUUUACACCGUUUCUGAAAUUUCCAAACAGAUAAAAGACUGCUCCCCUAAGCUCAUAAUCACUGUUCCCGAACUGGUUUCCAAAGUUUCUGGGUUUGAUUUGCCUCUUUUGAUUCUGGGUUCCGACAAAGUUCAAAACUUGAGCGUCAAAUCGUUACUUUUUGAUGAAUUGAUUAGGAAAGUUGGGCCGAUGAAUUGGGAUUUUUCUAGUACUGAUGUUAAGCAAUCAGAUACAGCUGCAUUGCUGUACUCUUCUGGGACGACGGGUACGAGUAAAGGCGUGAUCUUGACACAUAGAAACUUCAUUGCGUCAUCAUUGAUGAUUGGUGCUGAUCAAGAGCUUGCUGGAGAGAUGCACAACGUGUACUUGUGUGUCUUGCCCAUGUUUCAUGUGUUUGGUCUUGCUGUUAUUAUGUAUGCUCAACUUCAGAGGGGUAAUGCAAUUGUGUCAAUGUCAAGGUUUGAACUGGAACUGAUUCUGAAAGCCAUUGAAAAGUACAGGAUCACGCAUUUGUGGGUUGUGCCGCCAAUCAUAUUAGCUUUAGCCAAGAACAGCGUGGUCAAGAAGUAUGAUUUGAGUUCUUUGAAGCAGAUUGGAUCAGGGGCUGCUCCGUUGGGUGGGGAAUUGAUGAAGGAAUGUGCCAAGAAUUUCCCUCAUGUUAUUGUUAUGCAGGGCUAUGGUAUGACAGAAACUUGCGGUAUAGUCUCUGUGGAGAAAGAAAAUUUGGGGAAAAGAUACUCUGGUUCAGCAGGAAUGCUUGUUUCUGGAGUUGAAGCUCAAAUAACGAGUGUGGAGAAAUCAACACCUCUUCCUCCCGGUCAGUUGGGUGAAAUUUGGGUUCGAGGACCAAACAUGAUGCAAGGUUAUUACAAGAAUUCUCAGGCCACAAAACUCACCAUAGAUAAGCAGAGCUGGGUGCACACUGGAGAUCUGGGAUACUUUGAUGAGGAAGGACAGCUCUAUGUUGUCGAUCGUAUUAAAGAACUGAUCAAGUACAAAGGUUAUCAGGUUGCUCCAGCCGAACUUGAAGGGCUGCUGGUUUCUCACCCUGAGAUAUUAGAUGCUGUUGUCAUUCCAUUUCCUGAUGCUGAAGCUGGUGAGGUUCCGGUGGCUUAUGUCGUCCGCUCUCCAAACAGCUCACUUACGGAGGAAGACGUGCAAAAGUUCAUCGCAGAGCAGGUUGCGCCUUUCAAACGAUUGAGGAGGGUGACAUUCAUUAACAGUGUCCCAAAAACAGCAUCAGGGAAGAUUCUUAGAAGAGAACUUAUCGAAAAGGCUAGAUCAAAGAUGUAGGAUUUCCUUAUACUUCUGUACUUCGUAGAAUACAUAGUGUUGGACAGUAGAUUCCCCAAAACAAAGUGAAUUCCUUGUGCAAAAUUAAAAAAAUGUAUACUGAGGUGAUCAAAAGAUAUGGGGGGUUUUUCUUUUUUAAUUUCUACUUGAUUUUGUAAUUUAUGAAGCUGUAAAUGACGUCAUGUAUACACUAUCUUUUCUUCUUCCUUCUCCUUGGUAAUUUUCUGAAUAAUUGGUAUUAGUUUGCUUUUUUUUUUUGU